CCCAGCUUGACCUCCCAAAUUGCUGGGAUUACAGGCGUGAGCCACUGCACCCAGAUUGUCUCUAUUUUAGACUCACACACCAAGAGGUGGAAGCGUCCUUAGAGAUGAUCUAGUUCAAGCUCUCCCUUUACUCAGAUGAGGAAAUUGAGGCCCAGAGAGGGGAAUGGACAGAUCAAUUAGCAGCAGAGCCCGAACUUCCUACCUCCCAGGUGUAGCUCCCUUGGCUACUUGGAGAUGAAUAAAGCAAAAAUGCUUUUCCUGACUUGAGUGAGGAGAUGAUGAGGGCUAAGGACAAGGCUCGUGUCUCCACCUCAGUUUUCCCCCAUGAGGGGAACAUUAAACUGAGCAGUGGCAACUGAUAGUGACCGUUUUCUUGGCAGUUCAACAGAGGCAAUUCAGAGAAUGGAAACACUCAAGGAAGCUAGGUGAAGGAAAACAAGGGACAGCGGUGAGCCUCGUGGGAGACCAUGGGAUGGGGCCAAGAACAAAGCAUUCUCCUUAUACAAUGUGGCUGGCCUGGCCUCUGCCCUCCUCCAUCUGCUCUGCCUGGACCCGUACCCCAGGCUGGCUGGCAAAUAGGCUGCCAGCAGCUAUGCCAGCCCGGUGGCCAGACACAGGCACACUCCAUCCAGGGCUGCCCCCAACAACCUUGCUUCCUUCUUUGUAUUCCCUCCACCCAUGCUCAUCUCUUAAAAUAGUUCAAAACUGAGAACGUGGAGAUGGUUUCUUAUGCAUAUUCAAGCAGAUAUAGAUGUGUACGUGUGCAUGUGCGUACACUGUGUCAGAGGGAGACUUUGUCCUGUGUUCCUCUGUUAUCACUGAGAUUGCUUAGGGAGGCUGGGGUUACUCUGGGCCAACUUGAAUCCUUUUUUUUUUUUUUGUCUUAGUAAUGUGUUCCUGUUUUCCUUUGUUCUUUCUACUGUUGAUUAUAGUAGAGCUCAAAAUGAAGCUCUUGGCUGUUCUGUAAUGGCUCUGUAUUCUUGAAUUGUCUUUGGCGCUGGAAAGGAAGUGCAUUUGGUGCGUCUCUUGGCCCGCAGGCUACCUCCCGGGAUUGGCUGGUCUGCAUCUAGCACACAGCAGAGACCCACGGCGGAAAGACCACCACAGUUAACAUGCAGGCUGGGUGCCUGCUGCUCUCCUGACUCACCCCCCACUGCCUAGUGUGGGCUGGUCCGUAGAAGGGACCUCUGUGUCACUCUGAGUGUUGCAAGGACUUCUCUUAGAAUUUGGUUCUACAGUAAUGGGGGGCAUUUGAGCAGGGUGGGAAUUGUUUAGGAUGUUGUGAUUGGAAGUAGGGGGUUGGGAGCUGCUGUAGGCUAUAUAAUGUUUGGCUAAAGCUCACUCCUGAGCGCUGGGCCUGAGAAGGUCCCCCUGGUUCCUCUUUGGACAUCUGUAUCUCUUACAGUCAAUAAAACAUCCUCAGAUGCUACGAACGGAAUGGACUAUUUUGGUUUUUUAUUAUAUUCUAUCCUUCCCAGGCCAUACCUAGUGAGUCACAGUGUGACAGGUGGAGCUGGGCAAGGCUGGAUUAAACAUUAAUGCAGCUAUUUCCACAACCCAGAGGAGCAAGUGCCACCAGAGCCAAGCUGCAGAGCUACCUGGUAUCUCCAGGCUGAGGAGGUGGUGACCAACAGACAUGUCUCAGUUUGCCCAGGUCCUGGCUGAAAUAGGUGACUUUGGUCGCUUCCAGAUACGGCUAAUGAUCCUGCUGAGCAUCCCCAACUUCCUACACGCCUUCUACUUCUUUGCCCAAGUCUUCAUGGUCCUGGAUGAGCCCCACCACUGCUCAGUGGCCUGGGUCAAGAACCACACUCUUAACCUGAGUGCUGCGGACCAGCUGGCGUUGGGGGUGCCUCUGGAUGCUGCAGGCAACCCCGAGCCCUGCCUCAUGUUCCGGCCACCCCCCGAUGGUGCCAGCCUGGAGGACAUCCUCAGCCACCGCUUCAACGAGACGCAGCCUUGUGAUACGGGCUGGGACUAUCCUGAGAACAGGCCCCUGUCCCUAACGAAAGAGUUCAACCUGGUGUGCGAUCGGCAGUACCUGAAGGAGGCCUCACAGUCAGUGUACAUGUCUGGGCUCCUGGUCGGGGCCCUCAUCUUCGGACCCCUCUGCGACAGGAUUGGCCGCAAGGCCGCCGUCCUGGUGCAGCUGCUGCUGUUCUCCAUCAUCGGCGUGUCCACGGCCUUCGUGCCCAGCUUUGAGCUCUACAUGGCCCUGCGCUUUGCGGUGGCCACCGCCAUCUCUGGAUAUACCUUCAGUAACGUCAGCCUGCGUGAGUAUCUGGGCUCUGGGGCCUCCAGCCUUGUCAGGCACCCCGCACCCGAAGCCGUCGCACCACAGCUUCCUUUGUUGGGCCUGACGUGGUGGCAUUUGGGGGUGACAGGGACUGAGAGGGCAGGGGCUGGCCCAGUCUCACCCUCUGUUCCCGCAGUUACAGAGUGGGUGGGGCCCUCGUGGAGGACGCAGGCCGUGGUCCUGUCCCUGUGCGCCUUUGCCCUCGGGCAGAUGGCGCUGGCAGGACUCGCCUAUGGCGUCCGCAACUGGAGGCUCUUCCAGAUCGCCGGCACUGCGCCUGCCCUGCUGCUCUUCUUCUACUUCUGGGCUCUGCCAGAGUCUGCACGGUGGCUCCUGACCCGGGGGAGGAUAGAGGAAGCUAAACAAGUGAUCCGGAAAGCGGCCUUGGUCAACAGGCGGAAACUCUCCCCAGAGCUCCUGAGCCAGCUGGUCGAAGAGAAAACAGGCCCCUCGGGGAAUGCCCUGGAUCUGCUCAGACACCCCCAGCUCCGGAAGGUGACCCUGGUUCUCUUCUGUGUCUGGUUUUCGACCAAUGUGGUGUACUUCGGCCUGGGCCUGAAAGUGGGAGACUUCGGUCUGGACAUCUACGUGACCCAGCUAAUUUUUGGAGCAGUUGAGGUGCCUGCCCGCUAUUCCAGCAUCUUCAUGAUGCAGAGAUUGGGCCGCAAAUGGAGCCAGCUGGGGACCCAGAUUCUGGGUGGGCUCAUGUGUAUCAGCAUCGUCUUCAUCCCAGCAGGUACCAGGCUGGCUGCCCCUCCCCUUGCCUCACCCCAGACCAACAGUUCCGCUUUCAGGAAUCUGCCUGUGGUGGUCACCGUGCUGGCCGUGGUGGGGAGGAUCGCCAUAUCUGCCACCUUUACCAUCGCCUACGUGUACUCUGCCGAGCUUUUCCCCACCGUCAUCCGGCAGACGGGCAUGGGGCUGGUGAGCCUCUUCUCACGCAUCGGGGGCAUCCUCACGCCAUUCGUGAUCCUGCUGGAGGAGUUCUAUGCAGCCCUCCCCAUGCUCAUCUACGGCAUCGUCCCCAUCGUGGCCGGCUUGCUCUGCAUCCUGCUGCCAGAGACGCAAGGCCAGGCCCUGAAGGACUCCAUCGAGGACAUGGAGCAGGAGCCCCACCCACGGGCCCCCAAGUCAGUGCCCCCAGGAAAGGAAACGGACGCCACAGGAAGAACCUCCAGCCCAGGGGUGGCGUUUGUGAGCAGCACAUAUUUCUGAUGGAGGCCUCUGAGAGCUAGACCACCAGCACCAGGGAGCUGCCUAAACAUCCCCCUGGACGUGGCCAGGACCCACAAGGACACAGGGACAAGACCAGCCUUGCUUAUAGAGGCAGCACACCACAACCUGGCCCCAGCACCUGCCGCCCACCACCGAGCCCAACCCCAGGAGUGUCCGGGACAGGACCUCCUCCCUGCUUCACCCUCCUCACCUCCAGAGACCCACCCCCAACCCCGUCUGCGCCAGGGUCUCGGGUGUGUCUUGGGCUUCACUUGUGUUUUGAUGGUCUUGUCGGGGUAUGGCUCUCCGGAUCCCCUCAAGCCGGCUCGCUCUGCCCCCAAAACAGUCAGACCCAGACAAGAACACUAGGUAAGGCCUUUCCAAGUUUGAGACGGGGGGGGGAGGCACAAAAAUGUGAAGUUGUGGACUCUGCCCAGGCUGGCGGAUGAAAGGGCUGUGGGUGAAGGGUCAUGGCUCCUCUCAGUGGGUGCGUGAGACCCUCUGGCUAAGGAGUGGCCCCACAGGUCAUUCCAUCCCACAGAGAGAAGCCUCCCUCAGUGGCAAUCCAGGCUUCCAGCUUGCAUUCUCUUCAAAGACCUCCCCAGCCCCGGCCCCACUCUCAGCCCACGCCUAGCCUGAGUGGGGCAGCAGGGGCGUUUGUUCUGUUGCUCCUCCCCACCCGCGGGCUCUGCUGCUUCUGCAUCAUGCAGGGCCCCUGCAGGGUGAGGGAAAAGGCCAGGGGUCUUUGCACUCAGCGGCUGCUGGCCAUAGCUCUUUCCAGACAUACACUGCUUGUCACCCAUCAGUGCGUUUUGUCAGGUUUCUAAGAGCUGGCUCUUCCAUGGGGCAUCUCCACGGGGUUUCCAAAGAUCCUCUCCGAGCCUCUGCAUUGUGCCUUCAUACGGGCAAUGUGCUCCCAGCUCCUCUUGGGACCCCUCUGCAGCCACCUCUCCUCUCUUAACACUGGCAUCCCCUUGCCCCCAGAGACGGCCUUCUUGCGUGGGCUCCCAUCAAGCGACCUCAAGGCAGACCGCCUUCCCCAGCUUCUGCCUGGCCCACGGGAACACUAUUCAUCUUUGUGCCACCAAACGGUGGGAAAUGAGCUUGCCCAGCCACUGCCCGCUGGCUCCAGCUAACCUCCCACCAGGCAGAAGCUUUCAUGUCCCUUCCUAUAGGCACCCCAGCCCAAGGAGGGCUCCUUUGGAAACUCCCUCCCUCAUGCUUUCCACGUUCUCUUACAUAACGUGGGGGCCGGAGUUGUGCUGGACCAGUUUCUAUAAAUCCAGCACGGAAGAGCUCAGCACCCCUCAUUCAUGCGGAUGUUUCUUGCAGGUCUCAGCUCUGCAGUGAUGGGCAAAAGUUCUACUUAGCUUCCUACUGCACACCCAUGCACAUAGUCCUUCUUGGGGAACACUCACAAGUCUUUCUUGGACAAUGUGUCACUUGGGCUGAAGCUGCCAUAGUGUGGGGAAAAAAGAAAGGCUGGGUAGAAGUAGGGAAAGGGCCAUUUCCAAGCUGAAGGCAGUUGCUUCCUCAAAGAGGUGCACACUUGCUCUCUGUGAGGUGGGAUGACCACCAUCCCCGAGAAGAGACUUGAACGCACCCUUUACUGACACAAGCAUGAAGGCAAAGAUUCACCUGUUGCCUUUGCGUGAGUCUUCGGAGGUUUUUUUCUUUAGGAUUGCAGGCAGUUGGGGACAAAGACGUUUCUCUGUGUAUUUAAAAGCAUCCUGCGGCUUGAUCUGGUUAAUGGGUAAAUGUCUCUCAGCAGUAGCUGAAGGAAGAUCAGUAGCUGAGACCUCUGGGACCCCAGAGGAGAAGACAUUCAGGCCCGAUCGCAACUCUACCCUGAGGGGCACCACAGGGAGGGGCCCUUACUGGGCCAGGCAGUGGCCAGCAUGUGCCGAGCCAUGGCUGUCCUCCAAAGGGUGUCAUUGAACAUACAGCAGCCCAGAUUUGUGGGACACACUAGCCGUGAACACAUUUCUGAGGGCCGUGGAUAGCUCUGUGGGGGCUGGUGCAGGACUCAGAUCUCAGGACUUGGAGCCCCCCUCAGCCUCAGCCUUCCCAUUUUAGAGUGCACGACUUCCUAGUGCCCUUCACACUAAUCCUCGGGGAUUCUAAUCUUGGGUGCCAUGGCCAGGCAUGAAAGGCAAGGGGAUCCAGCUGUCUGCCCCCAAGGUCCAAGAAGAUAGGAAAGGCACGCCAGGCCGCAGCCCCACCCCAAUGCCCCCCAGGUCACUGCCAAGCACAGAGCAGGGCUGAAUCUGCGAGAUCGGCCCUGGCCCAUGCACUCCGGGGCUGCCUCCCUCGCUUACUCGUUCACCCGCUCACCGAUCUGCCGGGAAGACCCCAUGUCUCUUGCUCUGCGUACUGGGCCCAGAGAGCUACAGUUCAUCCGCAGCUAUCAAACUGCUCCCCAGAGCCUAGGGAGACGUGCCACAGACGAAGAGGAGCGGACAUUGUGGUGUCAAACAAGGCAGCUGGUCCAGUGUCCGGGGCAGAAGGCCCUGCAGAGGACAGGCGUCAAGGAGGGAGCCCAGGCCAGGUGCAGGGAGGGCAGGCGGGGGGUGGGGGGCAGGCAGCAGAGCUCUCAGAGCUGCAGCUGGAAGGUUUCUGGGGGUUUGCGGAACCAGGUACAGAUGGGGCAGGUAAGACCACGUCUCUAAUCUUGGACUUUGUUCUGAGGAGAAUAAAAGCCACUGAUUUUCUUUUUUCUUUAAACGGGGAUGGCCGAAUAAGAUUUGUAUUUUAAAAAUCAUUCUGUAUCUGACCAAUGUGUUGGGAGAAGGCAAAAGGGGAAGCAGACGAACCAGGCAUGGCGUCAUUGCAACAAUAAAUCAGUUCAUAGCAGG